AAUGAUGUUCGUCUUGUGGCGGUAGGAUUGCGCUUGUUUGACAUGUUUAGAUGCAGAAAUCGCCGCAUCUGUUGAAAGGCGAUGAAUGGGCUGGGUCUCGGGGCUGUUUAGGGGACUGUAAGAUAAGAGAUGGGCGGGUGUCAACUGGUUGGAAACAGAUUGCUUCUUGAAUAACCGAUUGCAGAUUCUAUUCCAUUCGCAGGCGGUUCAGACAGGGGCAUAGAACAAAUCUGAAUCCCACGAGCACCUCGGGCCUCCCUACUCACCCGUGGGAUCCUACUGCCACAAGCCCAGCCCACAACCGUGGUGCUCCUCCCUCCCUACCUCUCUGUCUGGCAGGGGGCCCGUAUAAAGGCGUUCGCAUCAGUUUUAGAGAGAGAAAGAAACCUAAAACCCUGCUCUCCCGAUGGCGGCGGCGAACGGCGGCGCCUCCCGGCGCUCGCGGCCGAACGUGUUGGUGACGGGGACUCCGGGCACGGGGAAGACGACGACGUGCUCCCUCCUCUCUGAAGCUGCGGGUCUCCGCCACGUCAACAUCGGCGACCUCGUCCGCGAGAAGAGCCUCCACGACGGCUGGGACGACGACCUCGAGUGCCACGUCAUCAACGAGGACCUGGUCUGCGACGAGCUUGAGGACAUGAUGGAAGAAGGUGGUAUACUGGUAGAUUACCAUGGAUGCGAUUUCUUUCCGGAGCGUUGGUUUGACCUAGUAGUUGUGCUCCAGACUGACAACUCAAUUCUGCAUGAUCGCUUGACCAGCAGAGGUUAUACGGGUUCCAAGCUCUCAAACAACAUAGAGUGCGAGAUCUUCCAAGUGCUCCUGGAGGAAGCGAGGGAGAGCUACAAAGAGGACAUUGUGAUGCCCUUGCGAAGCGACAAUGUGGAGGAUAUUAGUAGGAACGUGGGUACAUUGACAGACUGGGGCUGCAGCCUGCAGGUUCAUGUUAUUCUUUGGCUGGAUCUGCUAUGCGCGAUUUGCAAGUGCCUGUAUUGACCAGUGGCGACAUGGUCCACACCAUGCAGACUGCUUCGACGUACUAACCAUUGUGCAGGUCGGCAUGUCGCAACGGGUUAAAGGUGUGGACCAUGCGAUGGAUAGCAUCAGCAUCAGAGAGGUGCUACAGGAUGUGCUCUAAAGUAUUUUUCAUAAUGAAACGAUCUUGUGUUGGGUUCACUUCUAAGAAAAUCUGCUAGCGCAAGUGAUUGUUCGGUCAAUGCUAAGCCAUGGGAAAGCAAUGGGUGAACGAGAAGAAACUGCUGAUCAAGCUAGUCAGAACAUUGAAAAGCUGGCUAAUUCUGUGCGAAGAUGGUCAUUUGGGAGAAAUGGAGCUGGUGUUGGAAGCUUUGAACAUGAAGAUUCAUCAACCUCUACGCCUAACCAAUGGACACUCAGAAACCUCACACUCCCAGAUGCGGGAGCUGUCAGGUUUGGGAGUAUUGGAUGGGGGAUGCAGAGGUGCCAAUCAACAGGAGAGGAGCAGGGAUAUCGGGGCUAGCACACUCGAGCUGAAUGCUGAUGAUCUGACAAGCUACAUUAUGAGGAGUGUGUGUAAUAUGGUGUUAGAUGACCUUGAUCUCGAUGUCGAAAUAGACGGGCGCGCCACGAAUACGCUUCAAGACCUAUGUUGCUUUGUUUCCUUGAAAUAAAGCGGGAGAACCUUGACUCUAAAUUUUUUUUUGCGGAAGGUGACUUCACUUAUUCGUGUUUUUUUUUUAAAAAACAGUGCUUCCAUGUUACCAUGUAACCCUAAUCAGCUGAACGAACACUGAAAUAGCUCAGUUUCAUUGUCAAUAUUAAUUCCUCACAUUAAUAA